GAAGAGUUUCAAGAUAAAGCCAAACAGUCAAACGCUAAAAAGUGUGAUACCAUUGCAUGACCGGUGAAUCCCAAUUGCCGCGAACUUACUUGAAAGUUGGAACUAAUUUUCUUGAAGUCUCACUAAUCUCUAGAAUUUAAGCACAUCACAUUCCCAAUGUAUGUGAAGCUUCAGUUAAAUACCAAUAGUUUCCACAUAUUCAGCUCCACCAGGGCCUCACCAAAUGUAGGAGUUUCUGUUUCUCCGCUAGAAAAAGUUGAACCCAUCAGGAAAUUAAGAGAACGAACACUCCUUGAGACAUCCACUGGAAAAGAGAAGCGGUUCAAUGUAAUUUACAAAAAGUAUCGGGUUUUGGAGAAGAACUCUGAUAGGGAGCUCAAAAAUACCACAAGGGAUGCUGCUAAAGUUUCAAGCAAGAAGAGUUUUGGGGCUAAACUAAAUGGGUUGAACGGCAAUGGCUCUGUCAACAAAUUGCACACCAAGUGUUCGACGAAAUGGGGAAAUUAUGGCGGUUGUAUUCCAGCAAUUUUGCAUGCUUUGGAUACAAUUAAAGACUUGGACGAGGCAUUCAGACCAUGGGAAGAUACACUUAGUAACAAAGAAAGAAGCAUAAUUUUGAAGGAGCAGUAUAGUUGGGAGAGAGCCAUGGAGAUCUUUGAGUGGUUUAAAAGAAAGGGUUGUUAUGAGCUGAAUAUUAUUCAUUAUAACAUCAUGAUUAGGAUUCUUGGCAAAGAGCAGCAAUGGAGCCACCUUGAAUGUUUGUGCAAGGAAAUGAAUAUUAGAAAGAUUUCGCCUAUCAAUUCUACAUAUGGUACAUUGAUUGAUGUUUAUACCAAGGGUGGCCUUAAGGGAGAGGCACUUCUGUGGCUUGAGAAGAUGAAUGAGCGAGGAAUGGAACCUGAUGAGGUAACAAUGGGGAUUGUUGUGCAAAUGUACAAGAAGGCAGGGGAGUUUCAAAAAGCCGAGGAGUUUUUCAAGAAGUGGUCGUUGGGUGAAUCUUUGAAGCAUGGAGGAAUCAGUAAAGCUAGUUCUAGACUGGAGAAUGAUACACGAGCAAAUCUUUUUUUGAGCUCAUACACGUAUAAUACGUUGAUAGACACCUACGGCAAAGCUGGGCAGCUUAAAGAAGCAUCUGAGAUUUUUGCAGAGAUGCUUAGGAAAGGGAUUGUGCCAACAACAGUAACUUUCAAUACGAUGAUUCAUAUUUGUGGUAAUCAUGGCCAGCUUGAAGAAGUGGCUUUACUUAUGCAGAAGAUGGAGGAGCUUCGAUGCCCGCCUGAUACAAGGACAUAUAAUAUUCUCAUUUCCCUGCAUACUAAGCACAAUGAUAUAAACAUGGCAGCUAGCUUCUUUAAAAGGAUGAAGGAAGAUCAGUUGCAGCCAGACCUUGUGAGUUACCGCACCCUCCUAUAUGCAUUCUCAAUAAGACAAAUGGUAAAUGAUGCAGAAGAUUUGGUUUCAGAGAUGGAUGAAAAGGGUUUAGAGAUUGAUGAGUAUACACAGUCAGCUCUGACUAGAAUGUACAUAGAAGCUGGGAUGCUUGAGAAGUCAUGGUUAUGGUUCAGGAGGUUUCAUCUUGCUGGAAAUAUGACUUCUGAGUGUUAUUCUGCCAACAUUGAUGCAUAUGGGGAGCGUGGACAUAUUUUGGAAGCUGCUAAAGUUUUUAGAUGCUGCCAAGAACAGAACAAGCUUACCGUCCUUGAGUUCAAUGUGAUGAUCAAAGCAUAUGGUUUAGGAAAGAAUUAUGAUAAAGCAUGUGUCUUGUUUGAUAGCAUGGAGAGUUAUGGUGUAGUUCCAGAUAUAUUUAGCUAUAGUUCUCUCAUACAGAUUUUGGCUAGUGCUGACUUACCAGACAAAGCAAAAUACUAUCUGAAGAAGAUGCAAGAGGCAGGACUGGUUAGUGAUUGCAUUCAAUAUUGUGCUGUAAUCUCAAGCUUCGUGAAAUUAGGUAGACUGGAAAUGGCAGAGGAGCUAUAUAAGGAGAUGAUUAGCUUUGAUGUGAAGCCGGAUGUUAUAGUUUAUGGCGUGUUGAUAAAUGCUUUUGCUGAUGCUGGAAGUGUCAAAAAAGCCAUCACUUAUGUUGAUGCAAUGAAAAGAGCAGGUUUGCCUGGAAAUACAGUCGUAUACAAUUCCUUGAUCAAGCUCUAUACCAAAGUUGGCUACUUGAGAGAAGCACAAGAAACAUACAAACUGCUUCAAUCAUCAGAUGUGGGUCCUGAUGCAUAUUCUUCAAAUUGUAUGAUAGAUCUCUACAGUGAGCAUUCUAUGGUCAAACAAGCAGAAGAGAUUUUUGUGAGCAUGAAGAGAAAUGGGGAUGCAAAUGAAUUUACUUUUGCAAUGAUGUUAUGCAUGUACAAAAGGCUUGGGAGGUUUGAAGAAGCCAUUCAAAUUGCAAAACAAAUGAGAGAACUGGGCCUUUUGACUGAUUUGUUGAGCUUCAAUAAUGUGCUUGGGCUGUACGUGUUGGAUGGCAGAUUAAAAGAGGCGGUGGGAACUUUCAAGGAAAUGGUAGAAGCUGCUAUACAACCUGAUGACUGGACGUUCAAAUCUCUUGGAAUUGUCUUAGUGAAAUGUGGAAUAUCAAAGCGGGCCAUUGGAAAGCUGGAAGCAACAAGAGAGAAGGAUCCUAAGAGUGGUUUGCAGGCAUGGUUAAUGGCUCUCUCAACCAUAGUUGAGAUAGGUGGUGAUGAUGAUGAUACUUGUGACCUGUAACUAACGUAUCAGCAAAACAUCAGUAGAGAAAGUAGGCGGUAUUUUUUGGGUUGGGGGGGGCGCGCGUCCUCUACUGUAAUUGCCUUUGAUGAAUCUUUUUCAUUAUUGUCUUGAUAAAAUAUGUAAUUGCCUCAAUAGAUCAUUUAAUUUCAGACUUUGAGGUCCAUUAGUUGAUUGUAUCUAUCAAUUGAACAUCAAAAUUUACAGUGGA